CAGAAAGCAGAACCCUCAUAGGGUAGCAGCAUCUCAACAAAACACACACACUCACACGCACACACACGCUUACAGAAGGAGCAGAAAAACAAAGAAGCCACACACUUGAAAAUCACCUCUGCAGAAGAAACAGCAUACACAAAAGCCUUGAGAUGGGGCCCGGAUUGUUCUGGAACUUCCCCUCCAAGACUAGCUGCACGGUUUCACAGACCCUGCUGCAGACGAUGUUGCUCUCCAAGAUGGCUGGCAUGAAGGAACAGCAAUUCAUCGAGGAGAAGCCGCUACUUCCAGAAACCAGAGGCCAGGAGACGGAAAUGGCGAGAGGAGCGUGUGUGAACGCAGGACCCUCACCCCAGCCAGCACGCCCUACCCGCAGGUGGCAUGAGAUCGCUCGCCAUUGGCUCGGUGUGACACGCCGCCACCGGACCAGCGGGGGGUGCAUCCCGGAGAACUGUGAAAGCUUCACACCCAUAGGAGACUGGAAGGAACAUGACAUUGAGACUCCCAAUGGGAUGCUGCAUGUGGUGAUCCGCGGGGCUCCAAAGGGCAACAAACCUGCAAUUCUCACCUACCAUGAUGUGGGACUCAAUCAUAAGCUGUGCUUCAACACUCUUUUUCAUAAUGAGGACAUGCAGGAGAUCACUAAACACUUUGUGGUUUGCCACAUUGAUGCGCCUGGCCAACAAGUCGGAGCCCCUCAGAUGCCAGCAGGGUACCAGUACCCCACCAUGGACCAACUGGCAGGUAUGCUGCCCAGCGUCGUCCAGCACUUUGGAUUUAAGAGCAUUGUGGGAAUUGGAGUAGGAGCCGGUGCUUACAUCCUUGCCAAGUUUGCUCUGAUCUUUCCUGACCUUGUUGAGGGUUUGGUUCUGCUCAACAUCGACCCAAAUGGGAAAGGCUGGAUUGACUGGGCUGCUUCCAAACUAUCUGGACUGACCAGCACACUGCCUGACAUAGUCCUACCUCACCUCUUCAGCCAGGAGGAGCUGAUGAACAACAGCGAGCUGGUGCAGAGCUACCGACAGCAGAUCAACAACACCAUCAACCAGUUCAAUCUGCAACUCUUCUGGAACAUGUACAAUGGCCGUAGAGAUCUGGAGAUGAAUCGCAGUGGGACUGUGCUAAACGCCAAGACACUCAGAUGCCCCGUGAUGCUGGUGGUGGGAGAUAAUGCUCCAGCAGAAGAGGGCGUGGUUGAGUGCAACUCUAAGCUGGACCCAACCAACACCACUUUCCUGAAGAUGGCUGACUCGGGUGGACUGCCUCAGAUCACACAGCCUGGAAAACUGACAGAGGCCUUUAAAUACUUCCUGCAGGGGAUGGGAUACAUCGCGUCUAUAAAGGAUCGGAGGAUGAGUGGAGGGCCAGUGCCCUCAGCCAGUAUGACUCGGCUGGCUCGCUCUCGCACUGCCUCUCUGACCAGCGGUGGCUCUGUGGACGGCUCUCGCAACCGAGCGUGCACACACUCGGACAGCACCGAGGGUGUGGGUCAGCUCAGCCACACCAUGGAGGUGUCCUGUUGAGCUCUCUCACACACAAAUACACACACAUAUACACAAAAAACACAUGUGUAGAUGGAGGUCAUGGAACAGAUAGCAGUAGGGACUGAGCUGAAGGAAAGGGCAGAGAUUUGUUCCUCUGUGUGUUUCUGUUCUGUAAAAUGACACACUCCUCCAAUCUCUCUCCUGUGUGUUUCAUGGCUUCAUGGUUUUUUGCUCAAAGUGUAUUCGUGUUGUUGCUCCAGCAUCUUCUGUCCUGCUUACGUUACGUGAGCCCUGAAAAUAACUCCCAUCGUUCCCUGCACUCGUGUCUUUUCACAGUCUCCAAGAGUGACUGGUUGCUUUAAAGCACAUAUGGAUUUUGAGUAAAAAAAAAAAGAAAGAAAGAAAGAAAGAAAAAAGGAAGAAAGAAAGAAAGAAAGAAAGUAGUAGAAACAAAAAAUGGAGAAAUUCAUGACUAACCAGUGAGUUUGACGCUUUUAUUAAGGUCUUUAUCAUCUCCCUGACAUACCAUUGACUGUGGUUGUAAAUACGUAAAGAUGUUUUCAUCUCCAUUUGUCAAAUAUUUUAAGGUCUUUAAAUAUACAAUGCAUAAGUUUUUUUUAUUUGAGUUCAAGUAACCCUGGGGGCAGAGUUACUGCAGUGAUUUCCUUUGAAAAUCCUGUAACAAUAAAGUAACAUCAUUUUGGCUCUACUAGCUGGCUAAUAUUCGGUAUGUAGCUAAGGACAAAGAAACCCUUAGAUUGAAUGACAAAAUACAUUGAGAGCACCAAGAAACAUAACACACCAAACUCAUCCAGAUUGCAUUUUUUACAUUCUGUCUUUUCUUUUUUAGCUAGAUAUAAAGCUAUAGCUGAUCUUUGUCAAGAAGCUGGCUACUCUUGGGUCUGUGUGAGAUUCUGUUGAACUGCAACUAAUUUUACUCAUGAAUUUCUCCAUCUUAGAGUUUCUAAGCAGGAAGCAGGUUGAGGGAUGUCAUCUGACAACGUACAAUAAUUCCGGUUCUCUGUCUUAGCCAUGAGCAGAAGGAUUGUUUGAUUGAGGCUGCAGCCAAUCAGGUUUUAAGAUGUCAGUUCUUAGCCAAUCAUCACAGCUCAUAUGCAUUUCAAAUACUUCUGAAAUCUGUGCUAAUGACUACACCACCUGAAGUACACUUACUGUAGUGCACACUACUCUACCAGUGACUACACCAAGAAAUACACUUACAGUACUGUAGUGCACACUACACUACCAGUGACUACACCACCUGUAGUACACUUACUGUAGUGCACACUACUCUACCAGUGACUACACCAAGUAAUACACUUACUGUAGUGCACACUACUCUACCAGUGACUACACCACCUGUAGUACACUUACUGUAGUGCACACUACUCUACCAGUGACUACACCAAGUAAUACACUUACAGUACUGUAGUGCACACUACACUACCAGUGACUACACCACCUGUAGUACACUUACUGUAGUGCACACUACACUACCAGUGACUACACCAAGUAAUACACUUACAGUAGUGCACACUACUCUACCAGUGACUACACCACCUGUAGUACACUUACUGUAGUGCACACUACUCUACCAGUGACUACACCAAGUAAUACACUUACAGUAGUGUGCACUACUCUACCAGUGACUACACCACAUGUAGUACACUUGUAGUAGUGUGCACUACUCCACAAGUGUGCAUUACUCAUUUAGUCAGUAUUAUUUGACUUUAUUAUACACUGCAUUGUUGUUUUCACUAACUUUAGCGCACAUACCUACCUACCACUGAAAUACUUUCUUCAACCAAAUGUAGUACACUAAUUGUAAAGUACACUAGCUUGAGUGUGCAUUACUUUAUCAGUUUAUACGCCACCCAACCUAGUAAAGAGUGUAUUAGCGUUCACUACUUUACCAAAGAAUCCUGGUAGUGCACCCUUCUAUAUUAUUUUAAAUUUAUUAUGGUAAUUGCAGUGUACACUACUCUAGCACUGACUUCUCCACUCAACCCUAGUCACUAGAUGCACUGUUCUAUCAAUCAACAAACAUUACAUUUUAGUAGGCUCAUUGUAGUGUGCAUUCCCCUCUGGCAUAGAAGUGGUUUUGCCUGGGAUCGGUUCAUCGGUUUCCUUUCUGUAGACAAUCACAAUUCAUCCUGAACCAAACCGGAACCGCGAACUGAGGCUGAACCUGUGUGCAGGCAAAGAGGUUGUACUGUAGGUCAUAAGGCAGUCUGUGGAACUGGUAAGCGUCAAGGUGGAGAGCUUGAUGUCUGUACAGCGUCUAGCUCAAAGGAAGUCUAUACCAAAGUAACACACACAUACACAUACACACACACACACACACACACACACACACACACACACACACACACACACACACAUACAGGUUCUGUGAAGGAAUAGAACCUCAGAAAUCACACCACAUUUUACAUUCAGGCUUUUCUCUACUUCCCUGUUGAACAUGUGAAUAUGAAUAUGAGCUACACUGAUAGGUGACACCAAGCAUGUGAGCUGUGAGAUGAUUGGCUAGAGCUGCUCCAUGAUUGUAUUAUAAAUGGCAACGAUAUGACUGAUCAUUAUGUCCCCUCCCCUUUCACAAACAACUCAACUUCUCUUCCAUCUGCCUUACUGAAUGUUACUUUACACAGCUUCCACAAUCUUGUAGGAAGUGAUGUACUCACUACUGCAGGGGUGUUUCUUGUUCAUGUGCGUCUGUGAGGGUUGGGGCUUUCUGGAGCUUCGUGCUCCAAGCUCAGAAUGUAGGGCAAAUCCCAAACCCACAAAACUCCCUUUCCCUAAAAACUCAAGGUGCCCCGACCCUUACAGACACAUACAGUCGCCCCAAAGGGCUAAUCGACCUCUCGUCCCCUUCGUUAUUUCCGGUAACACUCCUAGUACACACGACAUGAGAGGAUACAAACUCUGCAAAUGCUGUCCAAAUCUGAUGAUGAAUACAGCAGCCAUGUAUUGUAGGUUAUAUCAAAAGGAGAGUGUGUGCGUCAUGAGUGAGGAAAUGUAGAGGAGUCAUGAAGGGUAUUAAGACCUUUUGUACGGUGUUUGACUGAAACGUUUCUAUUAGAAACAAAGAAAUGAGGUAAUCAUGAUAUUAAUAUUUCAAUUAAUAUUGCACUAGUGUUAAAUGUAGCGCUAAGUGUUUUAAGGCUUAUGUAAAAAUCAAACCAGAAUGGAGAACACAAAUAGAAAUAAGCUAACAUUUUAUGUGAAAUAAUGAAACGAAGAUGAAAUUAGAUUUGAAUUAAGGAGUUAGAGUAAAAACAGACCAGGUUAGACACCAGUAGAAGAAAGAUUCUAACUCUUUAAGACAGAUACUGGACAAGCUGUAAGUUUCUCCUGCCGCUGUUUGCAUGAUACUGUAUAAACCCGAGACUGUGUUUCAUUUUUUCUGUCUGCCAGUUGUUAAGCAUGCCUCCUGUUCUCCACAUAGCUGUGUUUCUCAUCAUUGAUAUGAGGUCAGACAUUGUCUCUGACACUGUAGUAAAUGGUACCGAUGCCGGAUCAGACUCUGAACAUGAUCUAGGAUGUUGUUAUAUUGUGGCUCCAUCCCAAAACACGUUUAAUUACUACUCGGUCUGGGUUAAACACUCCGUGACCUUCUUUUCACCUCCUGAACUUCACCUUAGCACUCACUCUCUUCCUGCUGUAGAUAUUCACUGUUUUUAGAUAAUAACAAGCAAAAUGGAUUGCUUUGUCUUGUGAAGGUAUACAGUUCAUAUUUCCACAACCCAAAAUUAUUAUUAUUAUUAUUAUUAUUAUUAUUAUUAUUAUUAUUAUUAUUAUUAUUAUUCAUUUUGUAUUGAGCAAUAAGUAAGUUGUUGUGUUUUGAGAUGGUUCUUCCUUUCAGAACUCAAAAAAGACAUCUGUAGAGACAGUUGGACCGAACCUUUCCCGCCUGAUUAAAACAAGUGUUCAUGUAAAAUGUAAAUCUAUAUAGAAGCCAUCAAUAUAUGUGUACUUAUCAUGUAACAACGUUAAAUAAACAAGAAAGUAACAACAAAAUGAAAUGUU